AUGUCCGUCCCCUUCAUUGUCCAGGUUGACCCGAGUCAACCCCCACUCGACCCCGCCUCCGCCAAUGGCCUCACUUUGAAUCAAAUCGCCUACUUCGGGCGAGUCCUCGUCAAGGUCGACACCCGCGAGCAGGCUGAAGAGUUCAUCCGUCGUCAUGUCCGCAGCCUAGACGUCUACGCUGACGCCACCGCGAUCCGUCAGACCGCCGACCUCGUCGAUAUCCUCAAUGCCGGCGCCGCCAAGAUCUUCAUCACCCUCGGCCAGUUGCAGGCCCUGACCCAGGAACAGUCCGUCCCGGCCGAUCGCUUGAUCGUCAAAUAUGCCGGCCAGGACGAGCUGGAGGCCUUCCAGCGCUGGGUCAGCGAGGACGCCAGCCGCAAGGAAGCCGGCCUCUCCACCAACGACCCCCAGGUGGAGUUCACCGCCCUGGCGGAAAAGCUGGGCGUCAGUCUGGAGACGCAGAGCCUCUACCGGACCUACACAUCGCCCGUCACGGAGGAGGGCCUGCGGGAGACUAUCACGCAAGGCGGCGUCAGCAUCAUCCCGGCCGACGCCCUCACCCUCGACCAGCGCAACCCCGCCGGCAAGAUCGUCGCCUCUGCCCUGGUUUCCUUCCGCGCCGUCCGUACCAGCGACAAUGGCCUGUACGCUACCACCGUCGUUGAUGCCCGCGGUGUCUGCUUGGGCCUGGUUUGGAGCAGCGACGAGAGUAUCUCCGAGGCCCUGCGCACCGGCACCGGCGUCUACCAGAGCCGCAAGCGGGGCCUCUGGUACAAGGGACAGUCCAGCGGCGAUGUCCAGGAGCUGAUCAGCGUCGGCUUUGAUUGCGACUCCGACUGCCUGGUCUUCGUUGUCAACCAGGUCGGUCGCGGCUUCUGCCAUCUGGGCAGGGCCAGCUGUUUCGGCCCCUACAACGGCCUGUCGCGCCUGCAGAAGACCCUGCAGGCCCGCAAGGCCGACGCGCCCGCCGGCUCGUACACGGCCCGCCUGUUCAACGAGCCCAAGCUCACCCAGGCCAAGAUCAUGGAAGAGGCCGACGAGCUGUGCCGCGCCACUACGCCCGAGGAGGUCGCCUUCGAGGCCGCUGACCUGUUCUACUUCGCCCUGACGCGCUGUGUCGCCGCCGGGGUCAGCCUCGAGGACGUCGAGCGUAACCUGGACCUCAAGAACUUGAAGGUGAAGCGGCGCAAGGGUGAUGCCAAGGGUCCCUGGGCCGAGAAGCUCGGCGUCAACCAGCCCGCGGCCACCCCGGCCCCCGCCCCCGCCAAGGAAGAACAGCCCCCCGCCGACGGCCGGAUCGAGAUGACCCGCGUCGUCACCGCGAGCACGCCGGCCACCGUGGUGGCGGACCACCUCAAGCGCCCGUCGCAGAAGUCCAACGACGCCAUCGUGGGCCUGGUGCGCCCCAUCGUCCAGGACGUCCGCGACGGCGGCGAUGCUGCCGUGCUCAAGUACACCCACAAGUUCGAAAAGGCCACCUCCUUAACGUCCCCCGUGCUGCGCGCCCCCUUCCCGGAGUCGCUCAUGCAACUGUCGCCCGAGACCCAGGCGGCCCUCGACGUCAGCAUCGACAACAUCGCCAAGUUCCACAGCGCCCAGCAGGGCGGCAACGAGGCCCUCAGCAUGGAGACCAUGCCCGGGGUGGUGUGCUCGCGAUUCUCGCGCCCCAUCGAGCGCGUGGGCCUGUACAUCCCCGGCGGCACGGCGGUGCUGCCGUCGACGGCCAUGAUGUUGGGUGUCCCGGCCAUGGUGGCGGGCUGCCAGAAGAUCGUGCUGGCGUCGCCGCCGCGCGCCGACGGCAGCGUGUCGCCCGAGAUCGUCUAUGUCGCGCACAAGGUGGGUGCCGAGAGCAUCGUGCUGGCGGGCGGCGCGCAGGCGGUGGCGGCCAUGGCGUACGGCACCGAGAGCGUCAGCAAGGUCGACAAGAUUCUGGGGCCGGGCAACCAGUUUGUGACGGCGGCCAAGAUGCUGGUGGCCAACGACACGUCGGCGGGCGUCAGCAUCGACAUGCCGGCGGGGCCGAGUGAGGUGCUCGUCAUCGCGGACCGCCAGGCGAACCCGGCGUUCGUGGCCUCGGACCUGCUGAGCCAGGCGGAGCACGGCGUGGACUCGCAGGUGAUCCUCAUCGCGAUCGAUCUGGACGAGGCGCAGCUGCAGGCGAUCGAGGACGAGGUCGACCAGCAGGCGCACGCCCUGCCCCGGAUGGACAUCGUCAAGGGGUCGCUGGCGCACUCGGUGACGUUCGUGGUGCGCGACCUGGCGGAGGCGAUGGCGCUCAGCAACCAGUACGCGCCGGAGCAUUUGAUUUUGCAGAUCGAGAAUGCCGAGGGGGCGGUCGAGCAGGUGCAGAACGCCGGCAGUGUCUUCAUCGGCGCGUGGACGCCGGAAAGCGUCGGCGACUACUCGGCGGGUGUGAACCACUCUCUCCCGACCUACGGCUACGCCAAGCAAUACUCGGGCGUCAACUUGGGCUCGUUCCUCAAGCACAUCACCAGCUCGAACCUGACCGCCGAGGGACUGAAAGGCCUCGCCAAGACGGUGGAGCAGCUCGCCGGGGUAGAAGGACUGGAGGCGCACAAGCGGGCAGUCAGCAUCCGCGUCGCCCACAUGCAGUAA